CAUGACUCCAAGCGCCUUCCUUCCUUAACUCCGGUCUGCGGCUUCGCAAACAAGAAAGAAGGGCUCCCGCUCCCGUUCCAGAGGAUCCGGACUCGAAAUGGACACGAGUAACCCCGCCACCGACGUCGAGCACCCGGGCACGGCGUCACUGGUCCCGCCAUCGUCGCAGGACCCUCCGGGCCAGAGACCGGCAGGGCCAGACGCCGAGCGCCGGGGGUCGCAAGGGUCCAUCAGCUCGACACGCUCGUCGCGGAGCCAUCAGGAAUACCUGGACUCGCUGACCGUGCCCAGCAAAGAGCAGAUUUCCCGCAUCGCCGAGAAGCAGGCCGAGCGCGAGGCCGAGCACAAGCGCGCCCACCGCCACAAGCAGCACCAGAGCAUCGAUGCCGUCCUGGCACCGGCCAUUCCGGCCGAACCGCAGCCUGAACAGUCCCACCGUAUCCCCCUCGCCAACCGCUUCGGUUUCAACUUUGGCUGUCGCCCCAGCCUCAGCGACGACGGUCUUCGCACCCACGCCGCAACCGUCAUCCAGCGGACAUACCGUGGCUAUCGCGCCCGCCGCGAGGUUAAGGGACUAUGCAUCAACGCCUCCACUCGUUGGGUCCAUGCCGUACGCGAGGCCCAAUGGAGAGAAUUGACCACACCCCAUGCAAGGUCCGACCUCGUCGGCGACGGCUCCGAGGGCCCCGAGCGGCCAGCGGCCGGAAGGCGGUCAUCCACCGCCCGCCAGAACUGGAAGAAGGUCUCCGCCAUUGCCCGGCAUGCCGGGGG